UUUGACGUAAAGUCAGGAGAUUCGUCGACACUUCGCUAUUGGUCUUUCAGUGUGUCGAGAGGUGCCGUGUGAAGACCAGGGGGAUGGACGAUAGUCAGGAGUUUCAGUUGUUGACUGACUCCAGGCUGGAGUUGCCGCUGUGUCCGAUGUCGUUAGACGACUUACCCCACGACCUCGACGAGAGGCUCUUCGCCGACAUAGACGCUGACGCAGUAUUAGCCAAUUCAACGGAGGCGCCUGACGGCCUUCUUCACCACGAAGAGGGUGACUAUUCACAACAGAUAGAGAGCUACCCAUCUCACAGUCUUGGAAUGAGUCAACAGGACUUUCACCAGCAUUGCAUGUUCGCUUCGACUGUGAACAACUUGAACAGUCAAAGCGGACCGGAUAUUCGACUCAUGCAAACCCCAAGAAUGUUGACUCAGAAACAGUCUGACCAUCUGCAGCCACCUCCAACCAUUCAUACUAGUGGCUAUCAAUCUCAACCAACAGAUAGUGGAGUAACAUACCAGAGUCUACCUAGUGGUGCAAAUAAUCCUGCUAUAAUGGCUGCAUUGCAAAGAUUCAACUUCAGCCAAAUGCUGAAUGGUCAAGUAAUGGGUCUCCCAGGCCAACCUAGCCUCAUAACACCUGACCAGAGACUAAAAUUUCAAGACAUGAAAUCUUUGGGAGUCGGUGGUGGAAAGACAGAGAAACGGUCGGCUCAUAAUGCAAUCGAGCGUCGAUACAGAACGAGUAUAAAUGACAAGAUUAUGGAGUUGAAGAACCUUGUAGUUGGGCCAGACACGAAGAUUAACAAGGCUGGGGUGUUGAGGAAGGCUAUUGACUACAUUAGAUAUUUACAAGGCAUCAACCAGAGGUUACGGCACGAGAAUUUAUCUCUGAGGAAGGCAGCACAACAUGGAGAUCCGGCUGCUGUUGCUGCGACUCUUCUUGCUGUUGAUUCACAGGCAAUGAUGGAUUUACAUUGCUCCGAUCCUCCUCGUUCUCCAUUUCCAGACACAGAUCCAACGAGUGUGUACAGUACAAGAAAUGCUGUUAGCAAGUCAAGGUCAACGUCAGGAGAAGAAAAGCUGAUAGAUGGAUGGAGAGAAAGUGGACAGGAGAUUGACGGAUGUCAAUCUGGAGACUCGCCGUCAUCAGAUGCCACUAUUGAUAACUCUCCAGAGAGCAGUGCCGCUGGCAGUCCAAGCAAUGGUGUGGAGCAAGUCGAGACUCCGGCUGUUGAGACACCACCGGUCACUCCAGAGGAACAACAGAAGCAGGUGAAGAAAGAGCCACGAUCACCUCGUUCAAUGAAUCAUACUCGCAUCACUCUCUGCAUUCUUGCUCUCACUUUUUGUCUUCUUCUCAAUCCAAGUUCUUUGAUGCGUCAAGAGGAAUCUUUCGGUGGUGCUCCUUCUGUUCAUGGAAAUGGGCGUCAUCUUCAGGGACUUUCUACUGAAAUAGGCGAGGUUUCAUUGCUGUUGUCUGUGGUUAGCUGGAUCGUCAAAGCUGUAGUUGUUUUUGCCUGUUUGGCAUGGGUCUUGGUGUUUGGAGAACCAAGAGUGGCACCAUACUCAAAAAGUUUGGAUGCUUUUUGGAGACACAGACGCACAGCUAAAUCUGAAAUGCGAAAUGGUAAGAUGUCCUCUGCUGUGAAAUACCAUUCACUGAGUCUUGCUGUACUGUCUCACCCUUUACCCACUGGUGUUAUUGAUGUCACCACUAGCAUUAUGUGGAACAUACUAAGACAGUUAUUCCAUCUGAUAUCAGUUGAUCGGCUUAUUGUGGCUGGCUCAAACUACUUACUGCCAAACAGGAGGUCUGACAUUCAAGACAUGAAGACAUCCGCCAAACACGCAGCUCUUGCUUAUCAUGAUGUCCAGUUGGCUUACCUGAGUGGCCACAUGCCUGCUGACAGGCACUUAGCAUUUCAUGUUGCCUUGUCAUCUGUCAACAUGGCAGAGUGUGCCGGAAAUGAGAUAGAUUGUGAACAAAUGGCAAGAAUAUAUGCUACAGCAGCAAUUCAGUUGAGAAGGGAUCACUCCAAUCUUCCAGUUGUCUCGCAUUUGUUACUGUCUCGGAUGAGGAAGUCAUGCACUGCUUUGCCAGCAGAUCUUCAUUGGCUUGCGACACCGGACGGAGAAGACUUCUUCUUCUCAGCAAAUUGGUGGCAGAUGGCACCUCCUAGUCACAUAUGGGCAAAGCCAACAGAGCCUGGCAAUUUUUGUGGCUACCUUGCUUCUCUCUUUCGACAACAGCUUUUGCACAAUGGUUUCUUUAACUUAACCGUUUCUGAUGACAAGAAGACUUCUCCAGAUGUUGAUGCUGCUUUAUCUGAGUUUUUACUUGUUGAGGAACUGAGUGACUGUGAUGAGUUAGACAUUGUGUCUUGUUGGUGGGCAAGAGUCGGCCAGAUGGCUUGUUACUUAGCAAAGAAAGACAUCAGUAAACUUGAAGAAAUCCAUCAUAGACUGAAGAAAUUACCAUUUCAAAUGAAUGACAGUGUUCUGAUUUGCCCUGCUGUUAGCAAAGUUCUCAGUGUAACAUGUCAUCUAAAGAUGGCAUUGAAGACAGAUGGUGAGGUUCUAACCUCAGAGUUGCUGAAAGAGUGCAAUAGUGCUACAAUAUGUUUGGAACAAAGUAUGAAGCAAACAAAGAGAAGAGAUGAGACCGUAGAAGUUCCAAGUCUUUUCAAGUUGGUCCUUGUCUUGGCAUAUGACCUGUUGCUCAGUGCUCGCACUCAGCUCUGGCGUGGAAGUGAGUUGUCUGGACGGUCAUCUUCGUUUACUGCUGUGACAGGAUACCAGAAGGAUCUGACCAAUUUUGAACAACUGAGCAAUGGCAUACCUUCAACUACUGCACAGUUUCAGAAACACAAGGCUGCAUAUCGUAUGAUGUCAGGUGCCAACCCUGUUUUAACUCAACAGCUCCUUCAUCAUCGAGCUUCUGUCCGACGGUCAGAGUGUUCUCAGGGCUUAUCAAGAAAGACGUUUAGCUCUGCUUAGCACAACAAUAAUUAUAUUCUAGCACAGUGUUGCAAUUUUUGUUACAGUUAGCCCGACACUGUUUUGACGUCACACUUCAUAUAACAUAGUAUUUCAUGUAGGAGAGGUGUAUAGAAGGUUAUUGAAGGACCCCAUUUACGUGGCCCUUAACUUUAUGUUUGUGUAAACUUGAUAAUAGCAAGCUUUCCUACUGUAAA